AUGGCUGCGCAGGCGGCUUUAAUCGCUGACACUAUCGUUGGCAUGAAAAGAGCCCUACACAAGGAAACUAAUUACUCAGCACCCGACGAUCUCAUCACUCAGCCAACGAAUCGAGGCAACAAACUACGAGCUAAUGCACAGUAUGUGCGUGAAGGCGCAUUGGGGUAUAUUCAUUCAGAAGAACUCUAUAAACAGAAAAUUGACCAUGCUGGAUACACUCGCUAUAUCCUCCAACCCAAUCCUGUACGUUACGAUUCCGAAGGGGAUGAACUAGAUGAGGAGGAUGAAGAUUCCGAGGCGGAUGCUAUUGCGGCCGAAGAGAAUCCAUUUUCUGAAAUUGCGCUCGAAAAUUUUCUGUGCCCUCUAAAACACCCAUCGGAGCUACCUACUCAUCCUUCUUUGUCACACGCCUAUACUUCCAAAGCUCUCUUCAACAUGACACAAGCCAUUGAUGCCAAACUGCGACAAGAACGAGCUUUGUUAUGGCGUGCAAGAAAUCUCCACCGACAAUUCCUAGGCGAUGGAUCAUGGGUACCGUGUGGAUCAGUUGAAACAUCCGAAGACAGAUUGAUUUUUGCGCCUCGGAUGCCCAGUACUGGACACAGCUCGCCCGUCGGCCAAGACGGACAGAAUGGGACGUCUACACCAUCCGUGACGGGGGGAUCUCAUACUCAGCGAAAUGGACUACAUAGAUCACGCUCAACCGUGAAUUCCCCAAGAGAAUCUCAGAUGGACCGGAAUGAGGCACCGGGGGCAGAUAAGGAUGUGGAGAUGACAGAUGCCCAAAACCAGGCGACGGGAUAUGAUCAUACCGAGCAAGCAAAAACUCCAAAGGCGGAAGAAGUUGAUACUUCUGUCAGUGACCUUCCACCACAUCCUGAAACUACCGCCUCGGAAGCAAAAGUAAACGGUAGUAGCACAGGUGCGUGGCAGUCCGAACAGAGUCGAGUCUCAAACUCCGAAGGCGCAGUCGAUAAAGAUGGAAAGGAAGAUACAAGAGACGGUGCAUCUGCCGGUGUCGAGAGUACGCCGGCCGAUCAUGAGAACUGGGAGAAUGAACUAGAUAAAGAUGAGGAAAUGCAGGAUGAGACUGAUCUUGCUCUGCCUCGGCGGAUGACGACUCGAGCCCUAGCAAAUGCAGUCAACCCACAGCAGGAGCAGGAGAUACGCAAUUUCUCACCUUCACUUUCCUCCGAUACUCUCAGCACACUACCAACCCCUCAUCCUCUUUUCCUCCCCCCCAACUCUGUCCGACCAGACCCCAACUUCGGCCUACCACCCAAUGAGGCUGAAGAUACGAGACGAUUGCUCUGGUCAUAUGUCCAGAAACAGGAAGAAACAGUUCGCGGAUUCGAACACAUGCUAGAGAGUCUCCUUCGAGCCUGUCGGAUGAAGGAUGAUGUGCUGGAGUGGUGCAAAGCAGAGGGCCAUGUGGGUGAGAUGAGUGAUGGGGAGGAUUGGUAUGACCGGGAAAAAUGGGGACUCGCCGAGGGCGAAGAUCUCAAGAAAGGAGCGGAUGAGGAUGAAAUUGAGACUGUGGAGGAGAGUCGGACAGCGAACAAAAGGGGCCGAGGUCGACGAGCAUAG